GCCAGCCGACAGUGCGGUACGCGUGUUGUGUCUCGGCGCUGCGAUGACUGACCAGCGCUGCCGCUGCGUCUACUGCUACGUCGCCCCGAACCACAAACACCCACUGGACCCCGGCGACAUGCCGACCAGUCACGCGAACGUACGUGCUGACCGCGUGUUGGACGAUAUUCUUGUCUCUAAUCGGAGGUACAAGAGCAGAGCAGUGAGCAGCCAGAGCGCGCGGGCGUCGCACGGGCUGGACGUGCGGGAGCUGCGCCGCUACAGCUACAAGGCGGCCGUGCUGCCCAGCAAGACCGCCUCGCUGCUGCAGAGCCGGCGCGCACACGCGCGCAGGGGCAUGAACAUGGGCCAGAAGAUCUCAGCCGUGGCCUCAGGUGGAGUAAAGACUGUGAACCGCGAGAGCCCACAACCAUACAAGCCCGUAAUCCCACGGGAGCUGGCGCAGGACUUUGCACGACCUGCACGCCUUGACAUCUUGCUUGAUAUGCCACCCGCCAGCCGUGAGUGCCAGAUAAAACAUGCGUGGAACUCUGAGGACCGAUCCCUCAAUAUCUUUGUAAAGGAUGAUGACAAGCUGACAUUCCACAGGCACCCUGUAGCUCAGAGUACAGACUGCAUCAGAGGUAAAGUGGGACUCACAAAGGGCCUUCACGUCUGGGAGGUACACUGGUCUACCCGUCAGAGGGGAACACACGCUGUUGUUGGUGUUGCAACACAAGAUGCGCCUCUACAUUCUGUUGGCUACCAGAGCCUGGUUGGUAGCAAUGAUCAGUCAUGGGGAUGGGACCUUGGUCGCAAUAAACUUUACCAUGACUCAAAGAACAAUGCUGGAGUGACAUAUCCAGCGUUGCUAAAGCCCGACGAAACAUUCAUCGUCCCAGAUAAAUUCCUAGUGGUGUUGGACAUGGAUGAUGGCACUCUCUCAUUCGUCGUUGAUGGCCAGUAUUUGGGUGUGGCAUUCAGGGGACUGAGGGGCCGCAAACUGUAUCCAAUUGUGAGUGCUGUUUGGGGUCACUGUGAAAUCACCAUGAAGUACAUCGGUGGACUCGAUCCUGAACCAUUGCCACUGAUGGAUUUGUGUCGACGUGUGAUAAGGCAGCGUGUGGGAAAACACCAGUUGGAGGAGCGUAUUGCACAGCUGAAUCUUCCACAUGCUUUGCAGGUUUACCUGCUCUACAAGGACCGCAGAUAACAGGCCCACAGCUGUGUAGCCUAGAUACGAGACCUCUUGUACACCUCCUUUUAUGACAACUACUGGUGCAGUGCAUUUCUGCUGUAUCACAUCGCAUUGCAUCACCUCGCACUGUGUGCGUGCUGGUUGUUCCCUCCUCAUAUAAUGACAGCUGCAUGCCACCUGGAGGAUGCAGGACUAACUUUCCUCUUCAUUAUAGGGUGGUUUUGACAGUUCUCAUGUUAAUAAUAAAAUAAAAAGUAAUAUGAAGACUUCGUAAUGUGGUAUAAUUUAAUUUGGUGGCAAUUUUUUAAUUGCACUGACAAGUGUGCAGACAUUUUUUAUUAACCAGUGCCCAUUCAAGACCUCGAAUUUGUAGUGGAGUGCCUGUGUAUGUUUGAAUUCAGUGUCUUCAUUAAGAAGCUGGAGUGAUUUUACUUAAGUUUUAGCAUUGAUGUAUUUAUGUCUGGAGCCGUAGGACUUGAACGGUAGAAUUCUUGUGCGUCUGUUGAGAGAAAGCUCACUUUGGAAGAUUAUUCUGUGUAUAAGUGGUAUAACGAAAUGGUGUCCUUAAUUCAUUUAAGUUAGUUAGAUAAAUGAUUUAGACUGCAUUAUUGUCACAAGUUGUUCUCUAAAUAUAAUGUAAAUCGUCCACUGAUAAGUUGGUUCUCCUUUUAUAUUAAAAGGUAUUUGUAUCAUAAAGCAGAAGACAAAUGAGCAUUUUAUUUUAAUCAAAAUUAAUGGGUGCAAUAUGUGAAACUUGGGAAUUGGCCCAUUACUUGUGUCUGUGGAGGAGUUACGGAAUCUGUACCACAAGAUUUGCUCACACGGCAUACACACACACACACGGAAUGAAAAGUAUCAUUGUAUGUAACUGGUGAGGCAUAUGGGGCAUAGAACACUUCAUUGGUGUAGAGUGGAUGGUACUUGAAUCUGUUUCUUCUCAUUGCUGGCCAUGAGAAAAUUUUGAUUUUGUUAAAGUAAAGAAAAUAAUGCUUCAUUGUCAGAGCUGUUGGUUCUUUCUUGUAGUAGUUGUUAUUAAUUUGUUUCAUAAAUUUUUAUGUAAAUAUUUUUUUAUUGUGACUGAUCAGUGCUGAUGCAAAGUUUUAUUAGACUGGUGACACUGAAGCAUUAAUAUGUAAAAAAAACACGUUCAGCACAGUUCUUAUGGGACAUUCAUUACCCUCUCUACUUUGGCAAUUAUUUGGCUUUCCAUAGGUCUUUUCAAUAGGCUAUGUUUACAAUUUUUUUAUUUAAAAAAAUUGUAAUUUUUGUGUGAAUGACCAUGCAUCAAUGUGGGUAGUUUCAUAUUUUCUCAUCUGUGUUACCAACACCAAGGUGUCCUUUCAUGUUUUGGCUUCUCAAGUUUAAAAGUGUUUGCAUGUAAAAAAUUAAAGGGAAUUAAUUGAAUUGAUUUAUAUGUAAUCACAUUAUUAUAACUUGAGAAUAAUUAGCUGCAAUUCAGUUGUUUCAAAGAACACAAGAUUUACAUCUCCCUGAGUUUCCUGUUGACUGCCAGAUGCUAGUAAGUUUGAGGAGUGACCACCUGUGUUGAUGUGGAGUAGAAAGUCAGAUUCAUUGUACCAUCCAUUCUUAGCACACUAAUUUUUGUAAUUUGCUGUGAAAAUCCAUGAAAUUUAGUGAAAGAAAGAAAAAAAUUUGAUUCAUUAGCCUUAAAACAAACAAUUGUUACCUUUAAAAUUAUCCAUCAACUUUGAAUACCCUUGAGCAGUUGUACAACAGUUCGGUUUUGCUCUGUUUGUCAGUUUCCAUGAAGCUUGGCAUAUAACCAACUUGUCCUCACAAAUAUCAAAGUUUUGGAUGUUAAGAACCCUCUCUUGCUAUGCAAAAAGGGAUUUCAUUAAUGUUUUUAACUGUUCAUUCGUGUUUUUUAAAGAAUGCACCGUCUGAAAAACAGUGUCUAUUCAUGCAAUCUCUGCACAUCGUAUUUCAUUUAGCGGUGGAAAAAUAUGUGUGUACUAAGUGUUAGAUUUCUGUUCUAUGACUAUGAAAUACUUGUAGCUGAUAGCACUUGUGAAAUGAGGAGAAUAAGAAUGUUAUGUAAAAGAUUAAGGAUUUUUCAUUACUUUUUACACCAUUAUCCUUAGCUACAAUAUUUCUCAUUUUUUCGGUUGACCAUAUAUGUCAGUAUUAAACUGAUUUGUCUGAAACACAUGUUACAAAUUCCAGGAGAGCAUUUUUGUGAUCAGUUGGAAAGAUCGAAUACAAUGUACAAUAUUAAAAAGUUUUUAAUUUAAAAAGUGUUUAUCAGCAACUGUUUGGGCAACUGUGUAUUAUGAGUUUGAAAACAAUAAAGUUUUAUUGAGAUAAAUU